AUGUCCUUUUCAGAUAACGUCCAGGGAGGUAGCCACGAUACGUUUGCCGCGGAUGAUGAUGUAGGUCACACAAGUGAAGAUAUCGUUCUAUACCCGGAGCCAACAGAUUCACCCAAUGAUCCAUUAAAUUGGUCUACGUGGCGAAAAUACUGGCAUGCCUCUUUGGUACUUUUUAUCGUCGGUCUGACUGCCGCGACCUCCAAUGAUGCAAGCUCCGCCCAGUAUGGUAUGAACAUUCAACUGGGAGUUUCCUGGGGUGCGAUGAACACUGCAUCUGGGAUUCUCUUUCUCAGUAUCGGAUAUGCAACCUUGCUACUCGCUCCUAUCCCAUCGCUUUAUGGCCGGAGAAUGGUGUAUAUUAUCUGUCUACUCUGGUCAAUAAUCGGCUCGGUCUGGAUGGCUCGCACCCAGAAUACACAGGAUGCCCUCUGGAACCAGCUUUUCGUUGGCGCUUCUGAGGCAUGCGCCGAAGCCACGGCGCAAUUGUCACUCUCGGAUCUCUUUUAUCAGCAUCGACGCGGUAUGUCUAUGGGUCUUUACGUUCUCGCCACGAGUGUUGGGACAUUUCUAGGUCCCUUAAUCGCAGGUUUCAUUGCUGAUAAUGCCGGUUGGCGCUGGGUUGGCUGGGCUGGGGCGAUUUUGUCUGUCGCUACCCUCAUACUAUUUUACUUUGGAUUUGAAGAAACAACAUUCGACCGCAAGUUUGCGCUUCAAGGCGUUACUCCCCCUUCUCCGCCUCACCCUGCCACCACUCCAGAGGCCUUGGAGAAAUUUGCCACGCCCACAGGAAAUACAUCAGUGGUUUCCACCAGAGAUGUUGAAAACGGCUCACGAGACCCUAGAAAAUCCUACCUGCAGCAGAUUGCAUUGGUCACGCCAUCGCCUACCCUGCGUGGCACAGGCUUCAAGCAGUAUCUCGAGUCCUUGUGGCACACGCUCAAAGUUUUUGGCUUCCCAGCUGUCUGGUAUUCUGGCCUGCAAUGGGGAGCACAGGACGGAUGGCUUACUUUUUACCUCACGAUUGAAGAAGAUAAUUGGGUAGGCCCCCCAUGGAACUAUUCCGACAAUGCGGCGGCCAUUAUGAAUGUGUCGACCCUUAUCGGCGCCGUUAUUGGCUGCAUAUACGGUGGAUGGUUCUCCGAUACCUUUGUUCAGUGGAUGGCCAAGCGAAACAACAACGUCUUCGAACCUGAACACCGACUGUGGCUGAUGUUUCCAGCCGCGGUCAUAAGCCCCGCCGGCCUCAUGCUCUUUGGAAUUGGCUCUGACAAAGGUUGGAGUUGGCCUGGACCGUAUGUCGGUCUGGGUAUGAUCGGGUUUGGUUGGGGCUGUGCCGGCGAUCUGAGCAUGGCCUACCUUCAGGAUGCGUACCCCGAGAUGGUUCUAGAGGGUAUGGUGGGGGUUUCGGUGAUCAACAACACUAUCGGUUGUAUCUUUUCUUUCGUCGCAGGGGAUUGGCUGGCGGUCCAGAGUGUCAGCCAGGUGUUUAUCGCGAUGGGUGUCAUGAGCUUUGUGUUCAUGAUGACCACCGCGCCCAUGAUUUAUUGGGGGAGUAUUUCAAGAGCGUGGACAAAGCCCCGGUACGAGAAAUUUGUUCAUCUUCGGGAUGGAAAAUAG